UUGUCAGUGAUGUGAGCCGCUUCUCUUCAGUAGCUCAGCCGGACUCUGAUCUCACCAUGUUCAUCCACUGUGACCUGCUAAUACUGAUACUUGUGCUGACUCUUGAUGGCCGAGUUCAUGCAGGUAAAAUCAUUGGAGGUUCUGAGGCUGUGCCGCACAGCAGGCCGUACAUGGUGCUUGUGGAGCGAAACUGGAAUAAUGGUUCAAAAGCAUUCUGUGGUGGUUUCCUUCUGAAUGAGGAUUUUGUGAUGACUGCAGCCCACUGCCAAGCCAGUUCCUACAAAAUCUCUCUAGGAGCUCACGAUGUCUCAAAAAAGAAUGAAAUACAGAUCAUAUCUGUGGACCAAGCAUUUCCAAGGAGAGACUACAAUCCAGCUAAUUUCAGAAAUGACAUAAUGGUUCUCAAGUUGAGCUCCAAGGCACGUUUCAGCGAAAACGUGAAACCCAUUGCUCUCGCAGGCAAAGGUGAUGCCAAUCUGCCAAAAUCAUGUUCCACCUCGGGCUGGGGAGCAACAGAAAAGAUCAAGAUGUACAUGUCUUCGGUACUCAGGGAGAUCAAUGUCACACUUGUUGACAACGAGGACUGUGCUAGGGCGAACUUGUACUGCGCUGAGGGAGAGGCUGGAGUGGGUCAUGGAGACUCUGGUGGUCCACUGGUCUGUGAAGAUAAAAAGGCGUACGGUGUGGUGUCCACAAGGUUCAUACCAAAAUCACUCAGCUCGGUGAUCCAACGGUUUACUCAGAUUCCUGACCAAAGAAGCUGGAUCGACUCGACCAUGAUGAAAGCGUUAAAAAAUUAUAAUAAUUGAGAAUGCUAAUAUCACAACUGAGAAGUCUAGACUUCCUCGCUUUACACCAAAAAAAUGUGCUUCAAUUUGAAGUUUGAUACAAUUGAAGUUUUUUUCUUUAGUCGAGACAAAACACUUCCAAAUAUCUAGAUGUGAAUUGGUUCCCUUAAGUAACGUGGUUUGGCUUUUUAUGGUACAGAGAAAAAUAACUUGACAAUUUCAUUUUUUGCGAAUAAACUUCAGGUCAUUCAAAGCAAAUUGAAACACAUUUUUUUAAGGCCUUUAACAAGCCGAUCAUGGCACAGAAAUAUAUAACUGCUUGAAAAAUAGGUGUAAACUCAAUGCUGUUUAGUAGAUGCAACAUCUAUUGAUAUACGACACUGUAUCCUGCUCUUAAAUACAACAUUCUAUUCAUUAAAUGCUUUUCUGCUUUGUGCAUCUUCAAAUGAGAACACAGUUUGUUUUGUACCAUCUUUUUAAAACAAUAAACUGUUUCUUUCUCACCA